UCAACGAAUGAAAUAUUGCUUCAGAGCAGCGAGGGUAUACUCGUCCACAUGCCUCGCACAAUCGCCAAAUGUUCAGGUCUUCUUCGUGGUCUACUCGAAACUAUCCCCAGAGAGGUCGAACAAGGAAAGCCAAUACCACUGCACUCGAUCAACGAAGCGACGUUGAAAUUGAUUGAAGAGUGGUAUCAAUAUCACAUUGAUAACCCAAUUGUCUACAAUUUCGAUAAUUACGACAAAAAUAACAAAAUUCAAGACAGGGAGCGGGAGCUUCUCAAUGUUGAUGAGGUCAUGCUUUUGCGCAUAAUA